AACGCGCUGGCAACAGAUGCGUGUGCAAGCCUGGGGGCGUUUGCGCGCUUAACGUGGGGCAGGCGGAACCUUAGUCGUCAUCCCUGAGUUUCCCGCGACGCCGCUCUAACCGCUACACCACCCCACGGACGACCUCCUUCCUCCCACCCCCGGGACCCAUCCCCGUGGCGGGCUCCGGAGUUCGAGACUGCUCAUUUCAGCGAAACGAUUAACAGACGCCGCAGCGGCUGACGGCACCGCCUCUCCUCCGGUAGGGAAGGGCGUGCGGCGUACCGUCACCCACGCUUGCCCGCCGGCGCAGAGCAGGCCCCACCGAGGCGCGCGCCGCCGGCACGCACGCCGCCCCGCCCCCUCGGCCCGUCGCCACCCGCGCGUUGCGCGCGCUCGCAUCCCCCGCCCUCGACCCCCGUGCCGUUGGCGGGGCCCGAGGCGAGCCAGAGAGCGCUGUUGGCCGGAGGGAAGCCGGAGGAGACCGGGUCGGCGGGGCGGAGCGGCAGAGGGUCGGGGAGACUGCCCUCAACGCCCAGGAGUAGAAGUGGACGGGGGCAGGGUUGCGUGAGGGAGCGCGCCGCCACUGAGCUUGGGUCGGACUGGCGCUCGGGGGGUCGGGACCCAGACUGGUGGGCCGGGUCCCCGGGCCGGCCUUACACCCGAGUCGAGGAGGAGAGACCGGACACAGAGGGAGCGAGCGAGCAGGGAGACAUGGCUUCAUCAUUCCUGCCCGCGGGGGCCACUACCGGCGACAGCGGUGGAGAGCUGAGCUCAGGGGACGACUCCGGGGAGGUGGAGUUCCCCCAUAGCCCUGAGACCGAGGAGUCCAGUGGCCUGGCCGAGCUGUUUGAGAAGGCUGCCGCGCACCUGCAAGGCCUGAUUCAGGUGGCCAGCAGGGAGCAGCUCCUGUACCUGUAUGCCAGGUACAAACAGGUCAAAGUUGGAAAUUGCAAUACUCCUAAACCAAGCUUCUUUGAUUUUGAAGGAAAGCAAAAAUGGGAAGCAUGGAAAGCACUUGGUGAUUCAAGCCCCAGCCAAGCAAUGCAGGAAUAUAUCGCAGUAGUUAGAAAACUAGAUCCAGGUUGGAAUCCUCAGGUACCAGAGAAGAAAGGAAAAGAAACAAAUACUGGUUUUGGUGGGCCAGUUAUUAGUUCUCUAUAUCAUGAAGAAACCAUCAGGGAAGAAGACAAAAAUAUAUUUGAUUACUGCAGGGAAAACAACAUUGACCAUAUAACCAAAGCCAUCAAAUCGAAAAAUGUGGAUGUGAAUGUGAAAGAUGAAGAGGGUAGGGCUCUGCUUCAUUGGGCCUGUGAUCGAGGACAUAAGGAUCUAGUCACAGUCUUGCUACAACAUAGAGCUGACAUUAACUGUCAGGAUAAUGAAGGCCAAACAGCUCUACAUUAUGCCUCUGCGUGUGAGUUUCUGGAUAUUGUAGAGCUGCUGCUCCAGUGUGGUGCUGACCCCACUCUCCGAGACCAGGAUGGCUGCCUGCCGGAGGAGGUGACAGGUUGUAAAACAGUUUCCUUGGUGCUGCAGCGGCAUACAACUGGCAAGGCUUAAUCAAAAGACUGGAAAACUGCAGUCUGUAAUAGCAUAAGGCUUCCAUUAUGAAAGAAAACUACAAAAAUAAUACUUCUUUUAUCAUCCAUCUUUGGUAUGUAUUGGCUAAUAAAAUCAGUUCUAUGGAACUGGGA